AUGAAGAAGAGAGGGAGACGAGCGCGGCUACCCGAUGUGGCAGCAGGACAGAGAAGCCAUACUCAGUCAGUGGCUGGGGUCAACAAACCUGCUGGGCGGCGAGAAAGACCCAAGAAUGCUGUGAAAACACCUCCACCAUCAGUUGCAUGUGAUGGGGGUUUCGAGGAUGUUGGUCAAAGUGACAGAUCUGCAAGAUUACAAUUGAGCACAACAGUGUCAGUUGUGGAGAUAGAAGGGGAGGAGCAUCCAGAGAAUAUAUCAAAGAAAUCAGGAAAGUACCCUGCAAAAGUCUUGACAGAUCAGUCUAGAUUGAGGUCAAUGACAGGUUGUCAUGUAUUUUUAUUUCUACAAGGUAAAGGAUCAGCUCUUACACUUUCUCAAAUGCAACCUCCUUCCUUUACUGUUCCUACAGGUAUGGGCAGACUAAGCACUGCAUUCUGUCGACUCUGUCAUGGAAAGUUCUCACCUCGGAGGCUGCGGCAUGCCUUCGACAAGUGGCCAGGGGAGCUGGAGGAGGUCCCUGACCAGGCAGAGCCAGCCCAGUCGCCCCUGCUUUUCUACACAGACUUUCAGCGCCUAGUGGGAGUGCCACUGAACCGUGACCCACGUCUCUCACAGUUUGUCUGCAAGAACUGCCACACAAAAUUCUACAAGUGCCACACUAUCCUGCUCACAUUUCUGCAGAGGGUAAACCUCUUGCCAUCUGUGAAUGUGCACACCAGAGACAGGUGAGGAAAAAUGCGAGCAACUGUAAUGUCACUGGGUAGAGAACGGCGAUUGUAAACCUGUAGGAGGGUCAGCAAUGAGCAGUGAAACCAAAACAUGAUGUUGAUUUUGGUUUCAGGAAAAGUUCAGAGUGCUCUCAAUCAACAGUGGGUCCCAGCUUGUUGUGUAAGUGGAUACAUUCCAUCAGGACAAGAUGAUUACCAGAUUUUGAUCCACAGAGAUUACAACCACUGUUACUAAAUGUCCCAUUUCUCUUUCCUCCAACCUGACAACCACCCCUCCCUCUCCCAGCAUCCUCCAUCCCCUCCGAUCCCAAGUGUCUCCACAGCCUGGUGUCCUGGGCCCACCACCAUGCAGAGGACUGCCGCUCCUGCCCUGACCUGAAAGAAGUGCUGGAGGGGCAAUGCUGGGGCUCAGUAAGGGCCGUCUGGGGGUGUGUGGAUGGACAUAGUUACAUGAUGGACACACAGACCAGAGCAAAUCCUGGACACAAUGGGAGUGAUCCCCAACUGGAAGGUGAGGAGCAGCCCAGAGGGAACCGAACCCCUGUCAACACAACCAUGGCCCAGCUCAGUCCAGAUGCUACCCCACAGACUCAGAGCUCCAUCAACACUGAUGCUACUAACACCAGUGCAGAUGGUGAGACAGCUUUUGGUGCCUCAAAGUUACCCUGAGAAACGGGAACACUCAGUAUUUAAUUUGAGUAUUCAAUUAAGUAUAGUCUUGACUGCAUUGAAAUGUGUGACUCUUUGUAGGUGGUUACCAUCUUAUGGUCUGGUGCCAGUCCAAAUUCAUUUGUUUGACCCUCUUGUCCCUAGAAUUUGUCUUUGGUAAGGAGACACCCUCCCCUGCACCAGCCCCACUCAUGGACAGGACAGGUGACAUUGACCUAUCUGACAGGUGAGUCAACAGUGACGCACAUGGUUCAAGUUAUACAGUUCUGGGAAGUUAAGAUUGGUUAAACAAUAGGCUGUGUGUGUUCAUGUGAAACCUUAGGAACAUGUCCAGUGAGGAUGAGUUGGAAGAGAAAAGGAAAAAUGGAUCCUCUGAUGAAUUAUUUGAACCAUACCCAGAGAAGAAGUGAGUGGAUUGAUGUGGGUUCUAGCUAUUUUGCAUAUCAAAGCAAAAUAAUGUACAUAGAAUAAUUUGUAUUGAUACACACAGUAAUAACAUAGUAGCACAUCAGUGGACAAUAAGAGCACUUAUCAGAGCAACAUUGGUAGCUGUAAAAAAGGGCAUCAAAUUCAUGGCUUUGAUAUCUUGAGUGUUUUCUCCCCUUUCCCAUGCCUUGCAGAGUUGCCUCCCCGAAGAAGAGAACCAGAAGAAAAGAAGCAAAAACUCCCAAGGAGCCUAAAGUUAGAAAGAAGCCAGGACCCAAGCCUGGCUGGAAGAAGCCAAUCAAGUCAGAAAGGUACGUUACAAGCUGUCUGGGGGGCAAAGCACCAGAUCUUUGUAGUUUAACAGAUUUGUUAAAAUCAUGAAUUGGAGUGUAGCUGGUAGUGGAGAGUAAUACAUGUGACAUUUGUGAAGUAUCCAUGUUUGUUUUUUGUUUUCAGAGAGGAGCUGCCCAAUAUCUACAAAUGUCCAUACCAGGGCUGCUCAGCUGUGUACCGAGGCGCAGACGGCAUGAAGGUCAGAUACAAGUCAUCCUUACGGCACUGCUUAUCCUCUUAUGGCCUUGAACAUUUCAAUUAAUACAUAAGAGUAUUCUGAGGGCUGUUUUUAUCUGUGGGGUACAGAAACACAUUAAGGAGCACCAUGAAGAGGUCCGUGAGCGACCCUGCCCUCACCCUGGCUGCAACAAGGUCUUCAUGAUUGACCGCUACCUGCAGCGACACGUCAAACUCAUCCACACAGGUAGGUUUGGACUGGAGACGGGGCUAAUACUGAAGACUAGGGCAGCAUCCCUUUGUGCCCUGGUCAAACGUAGUGCACUAUAUAGGGAUUAGGGUGCCAUUUGGGCGCAGCCUGAGAGAUGUUUGUGUGCUUGUAUUAAAGGCCCAGUGCAGUCAAAAAUGUGAUUUUCCUGUUUUAUAUAUAUUUCUACACUGAGGUUGGAAUAAUACUGUGAAAAUGAUGAUAAUGCCCUUUUAGUGUAAGAGCUCUUUGAAAAGACCGCCUGAAAUUUCAGCCUGUUUUGGUGGGAUGGUGUUUUGGUCUGCCUGGUGACAUCACCAGCCAGUGAAUUAGUUCAUAGACCAAUAAGAGUUUCAAACCUCUCUGCUAAUAACAGAUCGUUUUCCCCUCCCCACUCAGACCACUCCCAGACAGUCCUGGCAAAAUUAUUGCUUGAAAAAUGGCUCUUUGCUAAGAAGCUAUAUUUGUUUCUUUUUGACAAUGUUAUUUGAAACAAUCACAGUAAGGUACUUAAUUGUUACCCAGAAAUAAUUUGAUAUUGAGAUAAAAACAGCUGCAUUGGACCUUUAAGUUUGACCUUUUCCAGAGGUGAGGAACUACAUCUGUGACCAGUGUGGUCAGACCUUCAAGCAGAGGAAGCACCUGUCUGUGCACCAGAUGCGCCACUCAGGGGUCAAGCCACUACAGUAAGUACAGAGGGACAUAAAGCUCAUAUCAAGAGGCAAGGUAAUGCUGGUUUAUGUGUUGCGAGGGGCUCAAGCACUGAUGAGUCUGUCAGACUGUAGCCUUUGAUUACAGUGCAUUCAGAAAGUAUUUAGACCCCUUCCCUUUUUUUCACAUUUUGUUAUGUUGCAGCCUUAAAAUUGAUUAAAUAGAAAAAAUGUCCUCAAUCUACACACAAUACCCCAUAAUGACAAAGCUAAAACUGGUUUUUAGAAAUGUUUGCAAAUGUAUUAAAAAUAAAAAACAGAUACCUUAUUUACAUAGGUAUUCAGACCCUUUGCUAUGAGACUCGAAAUUGAGCUCAGGUGCAUCCUGUUUCCAUUGAUCAUCCUUAAAAUGUUUCUACAACUUGAUUGGAGUCCACCUGUGGUAAAUUACAUUGAUUGGACAUUAUUUGGAAAGGCACACAUUUGUCUAUAUAAGGUCGCACAUUUGACAGUGCAUGUCAAAGCAAAAACCAAGCCAUGAGGUCGAAGGACUUGUCCGUAGAGCUCGAGACAGGAUUCUGUUGAGGCACAGAUCUGGGAAAGGGUACCACAUUUCUGCAGCAUUGAAAGUCCCCAAGAAAACAGUGGCCUCCAUCAUUCUUAAAUGGAAGAAGUUUGGAACCAACAAGACUCUUCCGAGAGCUGGCUGCCCAGCCAAACUGAGAAAUCGGGGGAGAAGGGCCUUGGUCAGGGAGGUGACCAAGAACCCGAUGGUCACUCUGACAGAGCUCUAGUGUUCCUCUUCGGGGAUGGGAGAACCUUCCAGAAGGACAACCAUCUCUGCAGCACUCCACCAAUCAGGCCUUUAUGGUAGAGUGACCAGACAGAAGCCACUCCUCAGUAAAAGGCACAUGACAGCCCGCUUGGAGUUUGCCAAAAGGCACCAAAAGGACUCUCAGACAAUGAGAAACACGAUUCUCUGGUCUGAUGAAACCAAGAUUGAACUCUUUGACCUGAAUGCCAAGCAUCACGUCUGGAGGAAUCCUGGCGCCAUCCCUACGGUGAAGCAUGGUGGUGGCAGCAUCAUGCUGUGGGGAUGUUUUUCAGUGGCAGAGACUGGGAGACUAGUCAGGAUCGAGGGAAAGAUCAAUCCUUGAUGAAAACCUGCUCCAGAGCGCUCAGGACCUCAAAACAACAACCCUAAGCACACAGCCAAGACAACGCAGGAGUGGUUUCGGGACAAGUCUCUGAAUGUCCUUGAGUCGCCCAGCCGAGCCCAGACUUGAACCCGAUCGAACAUCUCUGGAGAGACCUGAAAAUAGCUGUGCAGCGACGCUCUACAUCCAACCUGACAGAGCUUGAGAGGACCAAGAAGACUCGAGGCUGUAAUCGCUGUCAAAGGUGCUAUAACAAAUUAUUGAGUAAAGGGUCUGAAUACUCAUGUAAAUGUGAUCCGUUUUUAAUAUAUGUGCACACAUUUCUAAAAACCAGUUUUUGCUUUGUCAUUAUGGGGUAUUGUGUGUAGAUUGAUGAGAGAAAACAAUUUAAUCCAUUUUAGAAUAAGGCUGUAACGUAACAAAAUGUGGUAAAGGUCAAGCGGUCUGAAUACUUUCCGAAGGCACUGUAUGUGGCUGUAAAGCCGAAACGUCUGUGCCGAAAUCCCUGAUGCAGUAAAAAAUUUAAAACAUUGAAUAAUGAAGUAAGCUUUAUGUGACAUAUUUCAGUGCGAUCCACCUCUUUGUUUGUCUGAAUUUGGAGGUUUUACGCACCAGCCAAGCUUUUGGGAGAGCGCCAUGGUUCUUUUGAUUUGUGACACCCUCAAAGAAUUUUUUUGUCACAUGCGCCGAAUUCAACCUUACCGUGGAAUGCUUACUUUCAAGCCCUUAACAAACAAUGCAGAGUAAGAAAGUAUUUGCUAAAUAAACUAAAGUAAAAAAAAAAGUUACACAAUAAAAUAACAAUAACGAGGCUAUAUACAGGAGGUACCGAAUUAAUGUGCGGGGGUACGGAUUAGUCGAGGUAAUUGAGGUCAUAUGUACAUGUAGGUAGGGGUAAAGUGACUGCACAGAUAAUAAACAGCGAGUAGCAGCAGCGUAAAAAAAGGGGGUCAAUUCACAUACACUACCGUUCAAAAGUUUGGGGUCAUUUAGAAAUGACCUUGUUUUCGAAAGAAAAGCACAUUUUUUGUCCAUUAAAAGAACAUCAAAUUGAUCAGAAAUACAGUGUAGACAUUGUUAAUGUUGUAAAUGGCUAUUGUAGCUGGAAACGGCUGAUUUGUAAUGGAAUAUCUACAUAGGCCCAUUAUCAACAACCAUCAGUCCUGUGUUCCAAUGGCAUGUUGUGUUUGCUCAUCCAAGUUUAUAAUUUUAAAAGGCUAAAUGAUCAUUAGAAAACCCUUUUGCAAUUAUGUCAGCACAGCUGAAAACUGUUGUGCUGAUUAAAGAAGCAAUAAAACUGGCCUUCUUGAGACUAGUUGAGUAUCUGGAGCAUCAGCAAUUGUGGGUUCGAUUACAGGAUCAAAAUGGCCAGAAACAAAAAACUUUCUUCUGAAACUCAUCAGUCUAUUCUUGUUCGGAGAAAUGAAGGCUAUUCCAUGCGAAAAAUUGCCAAGAAACUGAAGAUCUCGUACAACGCUGUGUACUACUCCGUUCACAGAACAGCGCUUACUGGCUCUAACCAGAAUAGAAAGAGGAGUGGGAGGCCCCGGUGCACAAAUAAAUUAGUGUCUAGUUUGAGAAACGCCUCACAGGUCCUCAACUGGCAGCUUCAUUAAAUAGUACCUGCAAAACACCAGUCUCAACGUCAACAGUGAAGAGGUGACUCCGGGAUACUGACCUUCUAGGCAGAGUUGCAAAGAAAAAGCCAUAUCUCGGACUGGCCAAUAAAAAUUAAAGAUUAAGAUGGGCAAAAUAACACAGACACUGGACAGAGGAAGAUUGGAAAAAAAGUGUUAUGGACAGGCGAAUCGAAGUUUGAGGUGUUCGGAUCACGAAGAACAUUUGUGAGACGCAGACCAAAUGAAAAGAUGCUGGAGGAGUGCUUGAUGCCAUCUGUCAAGCAUGGUGGAGGCAAUGUGAUGGUCCGGGGGUGCUUUGGUGGUGGUAAAGUGGGAGAUUUGUACAGGGUAAAAGGGAUCUUGAAGAAGGAAGGCUAUCACUCCAUUUUGCAACGCCAUGCCAUACCCUGUGGACGGCACUUGAUUGGAGCCAAUUUACUCCUACAACAGGACAAUGACCCAAAGCACAGCUCCAAACUAUGCAAUAACUAUUUAGGGAAGAAGCAGUCAGCUGGUAUUCUGUCUACAAUGGAGUGGCCAGCACAGUCACCGGAUCUCAACCCUAUGGAGCUGUUGUGGGAGCAGCUUGACUGUAAGAAGUGCACAUCAAGCCAAUCCAACUUGUGGGAGGUGCUUCAGGAAGCAAGGGGUGAAAUCUCUUCAGAUUACCUCAUCAAAUUGACAACUAGAAUGACAAAGGUCUGCAAGGCUGUAAUUGCUGCAAAUGGAGGAUUCUUUGACGAAAGCAAAGUUUGAAGGACACAAUUAUUAUUUCAAUUAAAAAUCAUUUUUUCUAACCUUGUCAAUGACUACAUUUCCUAUGCAUUUUGCUAUAUUUGCUAUUCAAACUCAUUUCAUGUAUGUUUUCAUGGAAAACAAGGACAUUUCUAAGUGACCCCAAACUUUUGAACGGUAGUGUAGUACGGGUAGCCAUUUGAUUAACUGCUCAGCAUUCAUAUGGCUUGGGGGUAGAAGCUGCUAAGGAGCCUUUUGGACCUAGACUUGGCACUCCGGUACUGCUUGCUGUGCGGAAGCAGAGGGAACAGUCUAUGACUUUGGUGGCUGGAGUCUUUGACAAUUUUUAGGGUCUUCCUCUGACACCGCCUGGUAUAGCGGUCCUGGAUGGCAGGAAGCUUGGCCCCAGUGAUGUACUGGGCCGUACGCACUACCCUCUGUAGCGCCUUGCGGUUGGAUGCCGAGCAGUUGCCAUACCAGGCAGUUAUGUAACCAGUCAGGAUGCUCUCAAUGGUGCAGCUGUAGAACUUGUUUAGGAUCUGAGGACCCAUGCAAAGUCUUCUUAGUCUCCUGAGGGGGAAUAGGUGUUGUCGUGCCCUCUUCACUACUGUCUUGGUGUGUUUGGACUAUGAUAGUUUGUUGGUGAUGUGGACACCAAGGAAUUUGAAGCUAUCGACCCGCUCCACUACAGCCUCGUUGAUGAUGUGAAUGGGGGUGUGCUCUGCCCUCCUUUUCUUGUAGUCCACGAUCAGCUCCUUUGUCUUGCUCAUGUUGAGGGAGAAGUUGUUGUCCUGGCACCACACUGCCAGGUUUCUGACCUCCUCCCUAUAGGCUGUCUCAUCGUUGUCGGUGAUCAGGCCUACCACCGUUUUGUCGUCAGCAAACUUAAUGAUGUUGUUGGAGUCGUGCUUAGCCAUGCAGUCGUGGGUGAACAGGGCGUACAGUACGGGACUGAGCACGCACCCCUGAGGGGCUCCCGUGUUAAGGAUCAGCAUGGCAGGUGUGUUGCCUACCCUUACCACCUGGGGGAGGCCCGUCAGGAAGUCCAGGAUCUAGUUGCAGAGGGAGGUGUUUAGACCCAGGGUCCUUAGCUUAGUGAUGAGCUUUGAGGGCACUAGGGUGUUGAACACUGAGCUGUAGUCAAUGAACAGCAUUCUCACGUAGGCGUUCCUUUUGUCAAGGUGGGAUAGGGCAGUGGAGUGCAAUAGAGAUUGUGACAUCUGUGUAGCUGUUGGGGCGGUAUGCGAAUUGGAGUGGGUCUAGGGUUUCUGGGAUGGUGUUGAUGUGAGCCAUGACCAGCCUUUUUAAAGCACUUCAUGGCUACAGAUGAGAGUGGUAUGGGUCAUUAGUAAUUUAGGCAGGUUACCUUGGCGUUCUUGGGCACAGGGACUAUGGUGGUCUGCUUGAAACAUGUAGGUAUUAGAGACUCAGUCAGGGACAGGUUGAAAAUGUCAGUGAAGACACUUGCCAGUUUGUCAGCGCAUGCUCGGAGUACACGUCCUGGUAAUCCGUCUGGCCCUGCAGCCUUGUGAAUGUUGACCUGUUUAAAAGGUCUUACUCACAUCAGCUACGGAGAGCGUGAUCACACAGUCGUCCGGAACAGCUGGUGCUCUCAUGCAUGCUUCAGUAUUGCUUGCCUCGAAGCGCGCAUAGAAGUUAUUUAGCUCCUCUGGUAGGCUCGUGCGGCUGGGCUUCCCUUUGUAAUCCGUAAUAGUUUGCAAGCCUUGCCACAUCCGACGAGUGUCAAAGCCGGUGUAGUAGGAUUCAAUCUUAGUCCUGUAUUAACGCUUUGCCUGUUUGAUGGUUCGUCAGAGGGAAUAGCGGGAUUUCUUAAAAGCUCCUUGAAAGCGGCAGCUCUAGCCUUUAGCUCAGUGCGGAUGUUGGCUGUAAUCCAUGGCUUCUGGUUGGGAUAUGUGCGUACGAUCUCUGUGGGGACGACGUCAUCGAUGCACUUAUUGAUGAAGCCGGUGACUGAUGUGGUAUACUCCUCAAUGCCAUUGGAUGAAUCCCGGAACAUAUUCCAGUCAGUGCUAGCAAAACAGUCCUGUAGCUUAGCAUAUGCGUCAUCUGACCACUUCCGUAUUGAGCGAGUCACUGCUACUUCCUGCUUUCGUUUUUGCUAGUAAUCAGGAGGAUAGAAUUAUGGUCAGAUUUGCCAAAUGAAGGGAAAGGGAGAGCUUUGUACGCGUCUCUGUGUGUGGAGUAAAGGUGGUCUAGAGUUUAUUUCCUCUGGUUGCACAUGUGACAUGCUGGUAGAAAUUAGGUGAAACGGAUUUAAGUUUUCCUGCAUUAAAGUCCCCGGCCACUAUGAGCGCCGCUUCUAGAUUAGCAUUUUCUUGUUUGCUUAUGGCCUCACUAAGCCUCUUUAUCUCCACUUUCAGGUGUGAAGUGUGUGGUUUCCAGUGUCGCCAGAGAGCGUCACUAAAGUACCACAUGACCAAACACAAGGCAGAAGCUGAUCUGGAAUUUGCAUGCAAACUGUGUGGAAAGCGCUUUGAGAAGGCCCACAACCUCAACGUCCACAUGUCCAUGGUGCAUCCCCUCACACUAGCAGCUUCCGGAGGAAACAUCGACAGCGCCUCCAACCCUGCUAUCAACCCUGCUAUCACCAACAUACAGAGCAUCACAGAGACUGGGGAACUGAACCCGUACACCAGUUGA